CUUCCUAGAGAGCUACAGCUGCCUUCCUCCACUCAGCAGAGCCCAAAAGUCAUGAGUCAAAAGAGCGGCGGAGAGGCAGGGCCUCCCCCUUCAGCUGCUCUAGCAUCAGUGAGUUUCAGUAAAUCCAUGGACUUCAGUGCUCCAUUACAGCCACUUGCAGCACUCUGACCUGGUGGACAAAUUUGUCUGUAAAAGAGGAGGAAGGUGAAGUAUAUUUUACUUUACAUGGGACUAUAAGUUUAAUUGAAACCUGCCAAUAACAUCAUCUGGCUUUUAUUUCUUUGUUUAUUUUAAAAAUAUGCUUUUUUAAAGCUGGAGUGUGGGACUGUAACAUAUAAAUGAACGUCCGUUACGAGUUCACACAAUGCUGAUUAAGCUUAUCGCCAUCAGGGAAGGUUCUCUGUAUUUCACAGUGUACCGGAGUUGUGGUGUCUGUGACGACUUUCCCGCCCUGGCGCCUGCAGGAAGUUCCCUCUGAAGCAGGGAGUGUCUGCAUAUAAAAUGGUCUGCAGUUCUCUGCUUCAUAGAUGCCAUGUCCUCCUCUAUGACCAUGGAAGGCCCCCGCAGUGCUUUUCCCACCUCUUCCAGCCCCACCAUGCAUUCCAGUGCUUCAGCAAGUGACCAGAACCCAGUUCACAGCGGCGGCAAUGUCGACCCAGAGGACGCCAGGAGCAGCAGAGCGGUUCCAGAGGUUGUCGGAGCAGAAGGUGGGAAUGGUAACAGCAGCAGGGGCAGCACUGAGCAAGGAGGAGGAAGAGGUGUAACAUCCCAGGAGGCUCAACCACAUCACCAGAUGACGCCGUCUAAGCGCCGCACCGUACUGAACAUCUCUCCACCUCCGCAAGACCUGUUUGAUGAAAGCCUGAUGUCCUGCCAGGAUGAAACGUCCCUGGACUCGGAGCAGAGUAGCAGCAUCUGGAUGGAAGACUCUCUCUCCAACUUCAGCGUCAUGAGCACCUCCUCCUACAAUGACAACACAGAGGUGCCACGAAAGUCACGCAAACGCACUCCUCGGCAGAGGCCCGGUCCUAAGUCUGUGCCUGGAGGGGGAGCCAGCAUGGACGUGUUUGAUGCAGACAGUGCCAAAGGUCCACACUUUGUCCUGUCACAGCUCGGCCCUGACAGCAAGACUGGACCAAAAGGAAGCUCUGAUGAUCCUCAGAGGACUUACCAGAAAGGAGGAGCUCUCUCGAUGCAAUACCCACAGAAGAGCGAAGGGAAGGAGGUGAAGAUCCUCGUCCAGCCGGAGACUCAGCACCGAGCCCGCUAUCUGACUGAAGGCAGCAGAGGGUCAGUGAAGGACCGCACUCAGCAGGGCUUCCCUACUGUAAAGCUGGAGGGACUGAAUGAGCCAGUGGUUUUGCAGGUGUUUGUGGGCAACGACGCCGGGCGUGUUAAGCCUCACGGAUUUUACCAAGCUUGCAGGGUGACCGGCCGCAACACCACAGCCUGCAAAGAGGUGGACAUUGAUGGGACAACUGUCAUUGAGGUGUCCCUUGAUCCAAGCACCAACAUGACACUAGCGGUGGACUGUGUUGGGAUCUUGAAGCUCCGUAAUGCUGAUGUCGAGGCUCGCAUCGGCGUGGCUGGUUCGAAGAAGAAGAGCACACGCGCUCGGCUGGUGUUUCGGGUCAACAUCCCCCGUCCGGAUGGAUCAGUGCUCACGCUACAGACUCCCUCAUCUCCAAUUCUGUGUACUCAGCCUGCAGGAGUGCCUGAAAUCCUGAAGAAGUCACUACACAGCUGUUCAGUGAGAGGUGGAGAAGAGGUCUUUAUCAUUGGCAAAAACUUUCUUAAAGACACCAAAGUCAUAUUUCAGGAGAACAUCUCUGAUGAGAACUCGUGGAAAGCAGAGGCUGAAAUUGACAUGGAGCUGUUUCACCAGAAUCACGUGAUAGUGAAGGUUCCGCCGUACCAGAACCAAGCCAUCACCUCUUCAGUAUCUGUGGGAAUCUAUGUGGUGACGAAUGCUGGGAGAUCCCAUGACGUUCAGCCUUUUACCUACACUCCAGAUUCAGCAAAAAAUGAUGUCCCUGUGAAGAAAGAGGCACCCUCUCCAGUGAAGACUUGUUCAUUUGAUGAACAAAUUAAAGUUCUAGACGGUGCCUUGUUGCCUUCGUUGUUGCCUUUAGUGAAGAGAGAAGAUGUCACUCCGAUGGAAGUCACCAGCAACCUCCAAUCUUCUGGUGUAUUUAAGAGUGGUGACCUGUGUCCAGCCCAGCAGAGCCCAGACAUGACUACAUGCCAUCUAAAUAAAAACAGACCAUUCUCCAACAACCUGUCUCAGCCUGCAGGUGACCCUGACAAAGGCCAGGCUCCUGUUUUUCCCAAAGCAGAGCCCUUAAGCACUAUCCAGAAGCAGGACAUAGUGGCCACCAGCUCCUUCUCUGUACCCACCGACUCUCUGCUCCAGCAGGGAUCACAGCAGUUCCUCCUGGAUUCCAGAGAGGGCCUCGGACAAGAGAGGCCCGGCAGCGGCUCUGGAGCUGUGGGGAGGCUUUGUGGAGAACCAGCGCCUCAACAGCAGCAACUUCCACUGUUCCCCCCAGACGAAGUAGCCCAGCUGGAGGAGGCUGUGAGGCAACUUAAAGCCAAAGGGUUCUGUAACUUACCGCUUCAGCCUGAAAACUCGAUGACCAAACAGCAGCAGCAACACAUCCAGCACCAGCAACAGAUCCAAAAACAGCAAAUUCAGCAGCAGCAACAGCAGCAACAGCAGCAACAAAUCCAGCAGCAACAGCUUCAACAGCAGCAGGCUUUAGAGAAUUUACAGCAGCAGCUGUUUCAGCAGUCACAGAUUCAGAUGCAGUGUGGCAUGUUUCAGGAUGCCGCCCAGGCCAAGAGCGCGGAGCAGCAGGGCUCAUCACAAGGAGUGGUGUCAAACCAGGGGACUCUUUUCCAACAGGCCCAACAGCAGCAACAGCAGCAGCAGCAACAAGCAGUUAUGUUUCAACAGGCGAGUGACCUGCUCUCUAUUCAGACCAACUUCCUCCAGCAGACACCCUCACACCCUUCACCACCCAUGUUUCACAAUCCCAGUUCUUUGGCUGAAACGCAAGAUCCACAGGGGGGAUUGUUUCAGAAAGCCUCUCAGGAGCAGGUCCUCUUCCAAAACACCAUGACAGUGCUACAGUCUUCAGAACAACAGCCCUCAGCCCCGGGACUCUUCCUCCCUCAGACAUCCCUGCCCUCUCAGCUCACAACCAGCAGUGCUCAACAGCAGCAGCAGCAGCAGCAGCAACAACAACAGCAGCAGCAGCUGGCCUUCCUCAAUGCUCUACAAACGCCUGCCCCUGAACCACAAUCAGUAUUUCAGGCUCAGACCCAGCUCCCCCCCAUCCAACAGAGAAGCCCCAUGGAGCAGCAGCAGCCCUCGCAGCCUCAGCCCCACACACAGCCAGCCCAGCAGGCGUCCUUGUUUCAGAACAUCUCCCCACACUCAUCUGCAAACACACUCUCUCCGGUCCAGCAGCAGCAGCAGGCUGGCCUACUGUUCUGCAACAACCCCCUGUCCAGUCCGGAUCAGGCCUCCGGCCUCCUGUUCAGCAGCCAGGGCCAGAUGCCGCCGCUGACCAGCAGCAGUCUAGUUUCCCAAGAGCCCCAAAACCCCACUCUGCUCUUUUCCCAAGCCAGCGUGGUGACAGUAAACCAGCAGGAUCGCUCUGAGCCCAUGGCCUUAGGGAACCCCGCCGACCCACGGCAGCAAGUCAUGUUUCAGGAGCAACAGCCGAUGCAGCUGGGCGGCAGCUCAAACAACCGGCAGGAGCAGCCCGUGGGCCUCUUUAUGCCUCAGUCUAACAUGGCCUCUCUGCAGGGGGGGCUGGCCGCUCAGGAGCUCGCACAGUCAGCCAUGUUUGCGUCACAGAACGGCGUGGCGAACCUCCAGACGACCACCUCCUCCCCUGUUCAACAGCCAGGGACUCUGUUUCAGACCGCUGUCAGUGGGAGCAUCAAUCAGCCCAGCCAGCCUCAACAACCUGGCCUCUUCCUGUUUGGUAUUCAGAACGAAUGUGGCCAGCUGAUGAACACUCCUGGAAACACGCUGUCGGAUCAGCUUAUAGCCAUCAGCCAGUCUGGUCAGAACCAAAGAGAGAGUGACGCACACAUCCAGUCUCUGCUCAGCCAGUCCAUGUCUCAGUCUGGGCCUGUGCAGAACAGCAUGGGCUCUCAGAACAUGGAGAAGAUUGAUGACCUGCUGGUCAGCCUGCAGGAGUCGGGCAGCAACUUAACGCGUUCAUACUAACGGAUUCGUCUUUUAUUUUGAUAUGUGGACUGAUUGUAAAAUGUUGUUGAUUAGCACAUGCAGUGGAAGAUUUGUGAAUUAGCCCUGCAUCAUGAAGUUUAAUACAAAACACAACAUUUAGUUCUUAUAUCUGAUCACCAAAUAUUUUCCUGCCCUACUAACACAUUAUUGGUUUCACUUCAGGACUUCUCAGGAGAGAGCAGUGAAGGUGCCGCUGGCCUUGCUGAGCCAGUCUCUUCCUCCUAAAAAGUCCUUGUGAUUAUUCUCCGGAGUGGCAUGAAUUGGAUCUGUUCUCUCAUUAUUAAGGACAAAUUAAUAUCCAGACUGUGAAUUUGGGCUGGAAUUUCUUGGCUGAGAGGGCCGGCUGAGAAAAGUGAAUGUCUCUUAUUGACUUAAUGACUGACUCCGCGUUGUGUAACGAACGUGUGCAGGCGAGAAGAGACAAAUUAUCCUUACUGUUCUGUGAGAAAAGCAGCAUUAGGCACUUUUCUUCAACUUUUCCUCCGGAAGUGCAGGAACUCAGUGGUCUUGUUGUUCAUUUAACUUGUGAAGUUUUGUGUGCAUCUGUAGAUAGAUGGUCAGUGAUGUUAUCUGCAGCGUCUUUCGGUUCUCGUGGUGAUUUCUAAAGUGUUCUCCAAAGUGUUUAGUGGUUUCCAUGAAUAGUGUUCCCUUUAAUACUUCUUUUGUAUUUUUGUUGUUGUAUGGAAAGUUGAAUGUGCUGUGUAGCAGGAAGGUUUAGACAGACUGCGGUAUGUAUGGUUGAGUACAUCGAAGCAGCGCGUUCUCAUUCCCAGGGUGUCAAAUGCAGAGGCUUUGUCACGGCCGUUGACGUUCGAUACCGCCGCACAACGGAUCAACAUUUUCCUCAGACGUAUUAUAAAAUUAUG